AUGGCAUCAUCUUUGCCCUACACUAACUUCCAACCAACUAGUCUCUUGUCUGCGCUUGCUGCCUCGCUCGAUACUCUCUUGUUGUUGGAGCUGCAUCUUCAAGUAAGUGAGCGUCUUCUUAAGGCCCAACGCGACAGCCGAAUCGACGGGAAUCCGGAGCAGCCGGUCAUCAUUGAUGCAGUCUCGGUAGAGCGCAACCACCUUCUUGUGCGCCUCUGUCUCAUGGGCGGACCCAACGAGCGCUAUCUGCCUCCAAGACUGCUCUGUGAGGUAAGUGAUUGGAGGAUAGUAACUGGUGGAGCUCAAAUAGAAUUAGUGAUCUCUGUGGCUUGCUUAGGGUCAUCUGCUUCUAUAGCUCCGAACGUUUUCCUCCCCUCUGGACUAUAUUGGUGA